CGCGCCCCCGCCCGCCAUGCACCACCUCCUGGAGCAGUCGGCGGACAUGGCGACCGCGCUGCUGGCGGGCGAGAAGCUGAGGGAGCUGAUCCUGCCUGGCUCGCAGGACGACAAGGCGGGCGCGCUGGCCGCGCUGCUGCUGCAGCUCAAGCUGGAACUGCCGUUCGACCGCGUGGUCACCAUCGGCACCGUGCUGGUACCCAUCCUGUUGGUCACCCUGGUCUUCACCAAGAACUUCGCAGAGGAACCAAUUUACUGUUACACUCCGCACAACUUCACCCGUGACCAGGCGCUGUACGCCCGUGGCUACUGCUGGACAGAGCUGCGGGAUGCGCUGCCCGGCGUGGAUGCCAGCCUGUGGCCAUCGCUGUUUGAGCACAAGUUCCUGCCCUACGCACUGCUGGCCUUUGCCGCCAUCAUGUACGUGCCCGCACUGGGCUGGGAGUUCCUGGCCUCCACGCGCCUCACCUCCGAGCUCAACUUCCUACUUCAGGAGAUUGACAACUGCUACCACCGAGCGGCUGAGGGCCGGGCCCCCAAGAUUGAAAAGCAGAUCCAGUCCAAGGGGCCGGGCAUUACGGAGCGGGAGAAGCGAGAGAUCAUCGAGAAUGCUGAGAAGGAGAAGAGCCCUGAGCAGAAUCUGUUUGAGAAGUACCUGGAGCGCCGGGGCCGCAGCAAUUUCUUGGCCAAGCUGUACUUGGCACGGCAUGUACUGAUUCUGCUGCUCAGUGUAGUGCCCAUCUCCUACCUAUGCACCUACUAUGCCACCCAGAAGCAGAAUGAGUUUACCUGUGCCCUGGGAGCCUCACCUGACGGGCCAGUGGGUAGCGCUGGGCCCACGGUGCGUGUCAGCUGCAAGCUGCCAUCCGUGCAACUGCAGCGGAUCAUUGCAGGUGUGGACAUUGUCCUGCUCUGCUUCAUGAACCUCAUCAUCCUAGUCAACCUCAUUCACCUCUUCAUCUUCCGCAAGAGCAACUUCAUCUUUGACAAACUCCACAAGGUGGGCAUCAAGACGCGCCGGCAGUGGCGGCGCUCACAGUUCUGCGACAUCAACAUCCUGGCCAUGUUCUGCAAUGAGAACCGUGACCACAUCAAGUCGCUCAAUCGGCUGGACUUCAUCACCAACGAGAGUGACCUCAUGUACGACAACGUGGUGCGGCAGCUGUUGGCAGCCUUGGCUCAGUCUAACCAUGACACCACGCCCACUGUGCGGGAUUCAGGCAUCCAGACUGUGGACCCCAGUAUCAACCCUGCAGAGCCCGAUGGCUCAGCUGAGCCACCUGUGGUCAAGCGGCCCCGUAAGAAAAUGAAGUGGAUCCCCACCAGCAACCCGCUGCCACAGCCCUUCAAGGAGCAACUGGCCAUUAUGCGUGUGGAAAACAGCAAGGCCGAGAAGCCCAAGCCUGUACGCAGGAAGACAGCCACAGAUACGCUUAUUGCCCCGCUGCUGGAUGCUGGUGCCCGGGCUGCCCACCACUACAAGGGUAGUGGAGGUGAUCCAGGUCCCUCCCCUGCCCCACCUGCUGCCUCUGACAAGAAACAUACUCGUCACUUCUCCUUGGAUGUGCAUCCCUACAUCCUAGGUACCAAGAAGGCCAAGACUGAAGCAGUUCCCCCUGCCCUACCAGCCUCCAGGAGCCAAGAAGGUGGCUUUCUGUCCCAGACAGAAGAAUGUGGGCUGGGCCUGGCUGCAGCACCCACCAAAGAUGCUCCGCCCCCUGAGAAGGAACUCCCAUACCCCACAGAGCCUUCCCUGCCAGGGCUUCCAUCUGGGGGCCCGUUUCACGUCUGUUCACCCCCCGCGGCUCCUGCUGCCGCCCCCCUGUCACCGGGCAGUCUGGGCAAGGCUGACCCCCUCACCAUCCUGAGCCGAAAUGCCACUCACCCCCUGCUCCACAUCAGCACGCUGUAUGAGGCCCGGGAAGAGGAAGAUGGAGGUCCCUGUGCACCCUCAGACAUGGGCGACCUCCUCACCAUUCCCCCACCCCAGCAGAUCCUCAUUGCCACCUUCGAGGAGCCAAGGACAGUUGUGAGUACUGUGGAGUUUUGAGGGGCAAGGCCUCCCAGGCCGCCAAAAACUCUCUGCAUGAGCCAGGGAUGGCCCAGCUGAGCCUAGCCUUGAGUAGACCUGAACUCUGCUCACCCGGUACUGCCCACACCCCCAGCCUCCUGUCUGCAUGCCACGGGGCCCAGCACUCCUUCCACCUGGCUCACCAUGGCAUCCACAGGUGCAGGCUGGGGCAAGAGUGCCAGGUAGGGGGUAGGAUACCCCCCCAGCAUCAGCCCCCCCUCCCACCGCUGCGUAGUGGGCCUCAAGCUGGAGAGUUUAUUUUUCUUGUGGGUUUCAUUGUAUGCUGAGACAGCUCAGCAGACCUAGUGAGGCCCGGCCUAGGGUGUGUAAGGGAGAUGCUGAGAAACGUGGCACUGGCCUCAGGACAGACCCCCCCAGGGGUCGCUCAUUUAAGGGCCUGGCCCCUGCAGAGGGACCUGAUGCCUUCAGGUGGGGGAACCGAGGGCUGCCCCAGGUCCAGAUCAACAUGCACUUUCUCCUCAUAGCCUGACACACACUUUAUUUUACUAUGAUUACUGUAACUGACACGCUUCUUUAUCAUCAGGAGAAUUAGGGUGCAUUUCAAGCAAAGGAUGGUGUGUGUGAGUGUCACACGCCGAGGUGGGUGUAAGCGUGCAGGUCAGCAGGUGUGGCUAUGAGCACCUGCCUGAGUGCUUGAGUUUGCCAGAGGGCACAAGUGCCCACGCGCAAGCAAGCUCAUGAGCAAGUUAGGGGGCAAGCGUGGUGUGAGUGAGCCUGAGUGUGUGUGAGUGUGCGAAUGGCACCCACGUGAGCAGUGGGUGAGAGCAGACAUAGACACCAGGGUGCGAGUGAGGGAGGAAAUACAACGCAAUAACCACAUCCCCCUCCCGGGUCCCCAGCUGCCGGCUGGGCUGCUUCCCAUGGGAGUCCAGACCCCACUGGCCCCACCCCUAUUACCUCAGCCACGCGCCACGUGACGAAGUAUUAACAAGGUAGCACUGAGCAUAUCAAUAAAUACUAUUCUGAUAACUC